CCGGUGCAGAUCACACAAGAAUCAACACACUGCAAGUGUUGUCAUCCGCUGAGAGAGCGCAGACAAGCAGACAUGGAUCCCACCGAGAGUCCUUACGAGUACUACGACUACGACGAGACGGAAAACUCCACCAUGUGCGACUACUCCGAGUGGACGCCGUCCUACUCGGUCAUCCCGGUGCUGUACAUGCUCAUCUUCAUUCUGGGCUUGUCGGGAAACGGCGUGGUCAUCUUCACCGUGUGGCGAGCGCAGGGCAAGCGGCGGGCGGCCGACGUCUACAUCGGGAACCUGGCGCUAGCCGACCUCACCUUCGUAGUGACGCUGCCCCUGUGGGCGGUCUACACUGCCAUGGGGUACCACUGGCCCUUCGGGGUGGCUCUGUGCAAGAUCAGCAGCUACGUGGUUCUGCUCAACAUGUACGCCAGCGUCUUCUGCCUCACCUGCAUGAGCUUCGACCGCUACCUGGCCAUCGUGCACUCCUUAUCCAGCACCCAGCUUCGCACCCGCGGACACAUACGUGCGUCCCUCACUGCUAUCUGGAUGCUUUCGGGCCUCCUCGCCGCGCCUACUCUCAUCUUUCGCACCACCAAGCACGACCUGACCAGCAACCGCACCUCCUGCGCUAUGGACUUCGGCCUGGUGGUGAGCAACAAGCAGCAAGAGAACCUCUGGAUCGCCGGGCUCAGCAUCUCUUCGUCCACACUGGGCUUCCUGCUGCCCUUCCUGGCCAUGAUGGUGUGCUACGGCUUCAUCGGCUGCACCGUCACACGCCACUUCAACACCCUGCGCAAGGAGGACCAGCGAAAGAGGAGACUGCUGAAGAUCAUCACCACGCUCGUGGUGGUCUUCGCCGCUUGCUGGAUUCCCUUCCACGUGGUGAAGAGUGCCGACGCCCUCUCCUACCUUGACCUCUUCCCGGCUACCUGCGCCUUCCUGCGCUUCCUUCUCCUCGCCCACCCGUACGCCACCUGCCUGGCCUACGUUAACAGCUGCCUCAACCCCUUCCUGUACGCUUUCUUCGACUUGCGCUUCAGGUCGCAGUGCCUCUGUCUGCUCCACCUCAAGAAGUCCUUGCACGCCAGUCCCGCCGGUUCCUUGUCCUCGCAGAAAACGGAAGCCCAGUCUCUCGCCACCAAGGUCUAGCGAACUGGCGCACCUUAAGGACUUGACAGCAAGUUUGCGGCCUGCUUUGAGGGUGCUUUAGCUUUGGAGAACAUUCCAGAAGAGACCAAUCAUGAAGUAAGACUGUGUUGGAACAGCAUGCCCUUGAAUUGCCGGGUUCUUUUUUUUUUUUUUGACCGAAUGAAAUGUCAGACUUUUUUUUACCUCUUCUUUUUAUUGGUUCAGCACUUGAGGUGUGACGCCCGCUUGGUGUCUGAGAGUGUGUGUGUGUGUGUGUGUGUGUUAGGUGCUGGGCUAUGAUAAGUGCUGUAAGCAGAGACGGGGGGUCUUGGGACGUAAGGAGGGAGACAGGGGGUCCAGACAGACAGAUGGCAGCUGACAAAUGUUUUCAGACUAGCCAAUUAAAAGGUGACUACUCUGACAGUGUUUAUGUGUGAGUGUGUGUGUGGGGGGGGGAUUUUGUUCCUUACACAACAAGCAUUUUGUAAAUAUUACAUUCUGAGGAUUUGUACUUCUGUGUCUAUGAUUUGUAAUAAAAACCAAAAGAAGAUUUUUUCUCUGUUGUGUUUCUAUUGCUUGUUGUGAUAGCUUCUAUUUUUUCCUCUCUCUCUUGUGUUGGAAUGUAUUUUCUCGUGCAGUGAAUGUUCGCUUCUUCCUGUGGACGCAUUGCUGAGGAGAGGCGGUGGUCCUGCCAUUGUGUUGCGAAGGGGUUCAAAAUUAAAGUCUGCAGGAAAUGCAUGUUGGGACUUCUGUUUCCACCCCAUGCAUGCUCAUAGAACCGAUUCCGUCUCCAGUGGAGUCCAAUUUAGUGUCUAAACUAGACUGAUGAAUGAAUGUGGACGGUAUUGAGCUUCUUAGAAGGACAUAAUCGGCAACAGCAGGGAGACAGAAGGUCCCAACCGGCCUAAUCCGGGACGACUGGUUCCUUACCAGAGGAGUCCACUUGAUUGUUUAUGUCUGAAUUAGCGCAACUGCAUCACAGUGACACACUGCAGCUCAGGUGGCCAUAGAGGAAGGUCACAAUUGGAGACGCUUGUGGCCUGUGACUAGAGAGUUGCAGGUUUGAUACUCGUCUACUUUUAAUUGGUUUCGGAAAAGAUGUCCACUGAGUUAGUGUGUUUUCCCCCAGUAAUAACCAUUCAUACAUUAACCACAAAUAAAAAAAAAUAAAAUAAAAAAGUGGUUAGCUUGGAGACCAGGGUUCAAUUCCACCCUCGGCAAUCUCUGUGUGGAGUUUGCAUGUUCUCCCCGUGCAUGCGUGGGUUUUCUCCGGGUACUCCGGUUUCCUCCCACAUUCCAAAAACAUGCUAAGUUAAUUAGCGACUCCAAAUUGUCCAUAGGUAUGAAUGUGAGUGUGACUGGUUGUUUGUCUAUAUGUGCCCUGUGAUUGGCUGGCCACAAGUCCAGGGUGUACCCCGCCUCUCGCCCGAAGACAGCUGGGAUAGGCUCCAGCACCCCAGCGACCCUCGUGAGGAAAAAGGGGUGGAAAUGAAUGAAUAAAAUAAAAAAGUAUUAUUACAUACGUAAAACUUUUCAAAAAUACUGAAAUAAUGUCAAAUAAAAAUACAUAUAUGAUAAAAAAAAAAACUCCAGUCCAUUUAUUAGCAUAACUUCUCAGUUUCUGUACAAGUGUAUUCCUUCAAGGGGUCAUCAGCGUUUAUUGCUGAGGCAGGCAUAUUUCACCAAAAGACACCCCCCAAGUGUCUGUGACCUUCCUGCAUCAAAGCUAUAUGGGCUUCAGGGUAACAUAAUCACCAUAGAUUGUUUUCACUCCUGUUUUAUGACGCUUGUGUGCUCACAUUACUUGCUUACAUUACACACACACAAAAACAUUUCAAGGUGUGUGCACACUGUUCAGAUGUAACUUAGCCUCUUUGAUGCACUUUGCACAAAUGUUUUCACUCCCCUACUGGUAAAACAUGUCAUGGAAUGCAGAUUGAUUUUAUCGGGAUAAUAUUUUUCCACUUUUUGUUUUUUUUACUUCCUUUUGAAAAGGCCAAUGUAGAAAUAAUUCUGUGAAAAUAAGAAAUUAGGCAGCAGAAAAAUUUAAUUAAAGCAUUUUUUGUUUGUUUCUUUCAGCUUUUUCCUGAUUACGUUAAGUUAAACAAAUUCAUUAAAUUAAUUACAAGAAAAAAGCAAUGAAUUCAGUUAAAUUAAAAGUAAAUUAAAUAAAAAAUAAU